CUGAAAAAACGAUUAUAGAUAAUAAAUAAAAUAACAUGGAAGAAGAAGAAGAAGAAAUAAGUGAUUCCUUAACCUCGAAUAUUUGUCCCGAUCAGAAAUACAGUGAUACAAAAAUAAACGUAAAAUAUUCUAAAAAUAAUAAAAAUAUUUACGAUGUUCUUACGUCUAGAAUUUGUCAAGUAUCCGCAAAAACUUACAAAAGUUAUUCGGAUGAAAUAUUAUAUCAUAUACCCCAUAACAAAGUACUCGAAAAAAUAGAGAAUAAAAAACAAAUACGUGAACCACUGACAGGAUUUGCAAAACAGCAAGAAGAAAUUACUAAAAGAGUAUUAAAACCGAAACUACAAGUAGCAGAUGAAGAAAAAAUUAAAAGCCGUAUAAUAGAGGUAAAGCCGAAAAGUUUGAUCGACGAUACGUCUUAUACUAAAUCUCAACCACCAAUUAUAGCAGAUCAAUUAGAAUUGAUCGAACGAUUGCGAAAAAAUCCGAAACAUAUAUUUUAUUACAUGAUAUACGCUGUAGAUCCUUCAUCUGAAUAUUUUACACCUUAUGCUUUAAAGGUUGUUGAAUAUAACGAAACUGGUAAAGCAUAUUUAACUAUUAGUAAGGAUGGUGUAACACAAUACACUAUUGAAGAGGUUACUUUUACACCAAUCAAAACGUGGGAAAAAGAAUACAUUUUUUAUAUGAAAUUAAUAAAAAUAAAAACUUUUUCUAUUUUUCGAAUGUGGAAGGCCUUUUAUGUAUGGAGAAAGCAAAUAACAUUCGGAAAAUUCAUAAAAGUUAGUAAUUACAUGGAGCAAAAUCUCUUCAUAUCAGAUCCGAUACUUAGCAAGGCAUUACUUGAAAUCAAAGCUAUGUGUACUGUAUUUCUUAAUUUAAGUUUUUACGAUGCUUCUGUCACAGAGAAAUUAUCUUUAUCUGACUUUACAGAAAUACAGUUACGGAAAGUAGAAGAAUUUCGAAACAAAUUAGAUGAAUUUAGAAAUCUAACAAAGGAUAUUGUGAACAAUGCCUGUCUGAAAGCGCUUCUUGAAGCUGGUUAUACUCCGGACGAUUCGAAUAUCACAAUAGAACAAACUGCAUAUGGAAAACUCCUUGCGUUUACUGAAAUGAAAUUUAAAAUGCCAAAGGAUGGUAUUCUAAAGAUGAGUUACAUCGAACAAGCUCGAAAACGAGACAAAUGUUAUCGUCUUUCUUGUUUUAUUCAUCUCAUCGACUAUAUGCAAACAAACAUGAUGCAAAUUUUUUUGUUAAAUACCUACAGAAGUUUUGUAGAUAUACUUAAAAAUCAUUCAAAUUAUCUGCCUGAUGAUGCAUCACUAGACAAUGAUUUAAUGGAUGUUGUAUUAGAGCCUCCUUUUCCUCGUACUCAGGGACCAUAUUUUAUUAUAGAUUUACUUAUAUCCAUUAAAAAAGGAAUACAUAUGAAUCCAUCUGAAAAUAAAUUUCAAGACGCGUUUAAAACUCUAGAAAAAACGUGGGAAGAAAAUUUGCACGCUAUUAAGCCGUUACUUUCAGAUCCUUUUUUUUACACUUUCACCAGACCAGUGAUAAAUCGUAAAAUAGAACAAAAAAUCUGCGGGGAACCACCGGAAAUUCUUACCGUUCUUAGCAUGGAUCCAUUGUUAAAAACUUUGAAAGCAGAGUUAACAACAAUUUUGAAUGACAACAUUGAUUCUGUGAAGCGUUAUUGGAAACGUUUUCAAAUAAUAUACGAUUUCUAUUUAGAAGACAUGCAAUUUGACGAAAACAUAAUUAGGGAUAAUAUUGAGUGUCGAUUAUUCCGUAAAUGGUGUAUCCGUUAUCAAAAUGAACUGAAUAUUAUUGAUAAAAUAGUUGAUUAUCAACCACUAGGUAUUUUUUAUAUUCAGUUACAAAGUUUUAAGAAAGCAGCUGCACUUGCACCUGAAGGAAAACGAUUUGUUAUUGAAGCUGUUAUGCCAGGGAUUGGUAAAAAUAAAGUGGAUAAUUUACUUACUGAAGCAUUUGUAUCGUUAAGUUAUCUACAAUCUGAACCAGUAUCGACAGACGAUUUCGUAUCAUAUAUAAAAUUUAUCGAUAAAGCUCAAGAAAGAGUGGAUAUGAUGGAGAAUCAAUAUGAUUACAUUAAAGAGUUGUACGAUACAAUGGAAGAAUUCCAGAUAAUAGUACCAAGCGAUGAUAUGGCGAACUAUUUGAACAUAAGCGUUCAUUUUACUACUUUGCGUUUAGCAGUCGAAAAGAAAUUGGAGGAAAGAGGAAAAUUAAUAGGAAAGUUUAAUAUCCAACUUCAAAAGGACAUUAAAUCUUUAAUAGAUAAAGUAUCUGAAAUUAACGAAGAAGUGACGCAAGAGUGGUUAAUAGAAGCUGAAAGUAAUAUAGAUGAAUGUUUAGAAACAUUAAAAGAUUUGACAGAACGAUUGAAUGAUUGUGUAGCAACUGCAGAGGAAUAUCGAUCACAUCAAAGAGCAUUUAAGAUCGAAGUUACAAGAUUUGUAAUUAUUGAUCAAGUAAUGAGCGAAUUAAAAUUGCGUACUUUACUUUGGGAAAGUGUUACAACUUGGGAAAAUGCGGUGGAUCAAUGGCAAUUUGCCGACUUCGAUACACUGAACGUGGAAGACGUUACAGCGUUAACAACGCGAAUUGUAAAAAAUAUUGUUCAAAUGGAGAAAGGUUUGCCCGCGAAUGAUGUUGUACCAAUAUUGAAGAAGGACGUAGAAUUGAUAAAAAAUAAACUACCAAUUUUGGGAUACUUACGAAAUCCAUUUUUGAAAAAACGUCAUUGGAUUAAAAUCGAAGGAUUAUUGAACUACAGAUUCAAACCGGACGAGCUUAUAACUUGGAAUUUAUUAGAAAAUCUCGGCGCAUUUUUUUAUUCGAAUGAACUCAUGGAAAUUGCUGCUGCAGCUAGUUCAGAAGCGAAUUUAGAAGGAAUGCUAACAAAAGUAGAAGAUUUAUGGAAAGAUUUGGAGUUUAUCGUCAUACCUUAUAAAGAAUCACGGGAUGUUUUUAUAUUAGGAAGUUUGGAGGAAAUCCAACUUGCUUUAGAUGAGAGUAAUAUUAAUAUACAGACUAUAGCUGCGUCUCGAUACGUUGGACCGAUAAAACCGAAAGUUGAAGAUUGGUUGAAACAAUUGGAUCUUUUUUCAAUAACUCUGGAAGCAUGGCAAUAUUGUCAACAGCAAUGGCUAUAUUUGGAAGCAAUAUUUUCAGCACCUGACAUUCAGAGACAAUUACCUACCGAAGCGAAACUUUUUCUGCAAGUUGAUAGAUCUUGGAAAGAUAUCAUGAGACAAACGGCCAAGAUGCCGCUAGCUAUGGAAGUUUGUACACAACCUGGUAUGUUAGAACAACUUACUGAGAACAAUAACAAUCUCGAUCAAGUAAUGAAGUGCUUAGAAGCUUAUCUAGAAGUAAAACGAAUAGCUUUUCCACGAUUCUUUUUCUUGUCCAAUGACGAAUUAUUAGAGAUAUUAGCACAGACGAAAAAUCCACAUGCUGUUCAAGUACAUUUGCAAAAAUGUUUCGACGGUAUAUUUCGUUUGGAGUUUGCAACCACAACGAAAGAAGAUGAACAUGGUGAGGUAGUAGCAACUCUUCUCACCACCGAUAUUAUUGCUAUGAUAUCACCUGAGGGUGAGAAGGUUGCUCUUGGAAGAGGUUUACGAGCGAGAGGAAACGUAGAAGAUUGGCUUGGCAAAGUAGAAGAAUCCAUGUUUAUAACUUUAAGAAAAAGAAUGAAAUCGGCGAUCAUUGAUUUAGAAUCUCGAGGACGAGAAUUAUUUAUUUUUGCUCAUCCUUCCCAGAUAGUACUGACGGUGUCACAAAUAUUUUGGGCUCGCAACGUUCACCUCAUCUUAGAUUCUGGCUUUAAUAUUAUAAAUUCGAUGCAAUCGUUCGAGCAAAAGUGUUAUUCGGAUCUAAAUCUAUUGGCCGCUAUGGUUAGAGGGGAAUUACCAAGAUUGAUACGCGAAAUAAUAAUCAAUUUAAUUACCAUUGAUGUACACGCUAGAGAUAUUAUCACAAUUUUAGUAGAAAAUAAAAUCGAUUCUAGUACACAUUUUGAUUGGGUUAAAGCAUUGCGUUAUUAUUGGGAUGAUGAAAUCGAUAAUUGUUUAACGAAAAUGAGUAAUUCUGAAUAUCUUUAUGGUUACGAAUAUCUUGGAGGAAAAAGAAGACUCGUCAUAACGCCACUCACAGAUAAAUGCUAUCUUUGUCUUAUGGGAGCUUUGCAAUUAGAUUUGGGUGGUGCUCCUGCUGGACCAGCUGGUACUGGUAAAACAGAAACAACCAAAGAUCUUGCAAAAGCCCUUGCAAUUCAAUGUGUUGUAUUUAAUUGUUCUGAAGGAGUGGAUUACAAAAUGAUGGGUCGAUUUUUUUCUGGGCUAGCAACGUCUGGAGCCUGGUGUUGCUUCGAUGAAUUUAAUCGAAUAGAUAUUGAGGUUCUUUCCGUAAUAGCUCAACAAUUAAUUACCAUUAGAAAUGCGAAACUCAUCAGAGCUACAGAAUUCAUGUUCGAAGGUCGUAUGAUAAAAUUAGUCAUGUCUUGUUCAACUUUCAUCACUAUGAAUCCCGGAUACGCUGGACGUACAGAAUUACCAGAUAAUUUGAAAUCUUUGUUUCGGCCUUUCGCCAUGAUGGUUCCUGAUUAUAAAUUAAUUGCGGAGGUAACGUUAUAUUCUGAAGGAUUCGAAAUGUCCGGGCUGCUAUCAAAGAAGAUGACUCUAAUGUAUACAUUAUGCAGCGAACAAUUGUCACAGCAAGAUCACUAUGACUUUGGAAUGAGGGCUGUUAAAAGCGUCUUAGUAAUGGCAGGAACUUUAAAACGUGAUAAUCCUGAUAAAUUGGAAGAUGUCGUAUUGAUAAAAGCUUUACGUGAUAGUAAUAUUCCAAAGUUUUUAAGCGAUGAUGCAAACCUAUUUGAAGGUAUUGUUAGUGAUCUUUUUCCUGAUAUUAUAAUACCUGAUGAAGAUUAUGGUAUUUUCGAAGAAAUAGCAAUUACGAUAUUAAUAGAGGAUAAUUUGCAACCAGAAAAAUGUACCAUAAGAAAAGCUAUUCAAUUGCAUGAAACUAUGAGAGUCAGGCAUGGUGUAAUGUUAGUAGGACCAACUGGAUCGGGGAAAUCUACUGUUCUUAAUACGCUAUGUAAAACCUAUACGCGACUUUAUGAAAUGGCUGUAGAAAAUCAAUAUUAUCAACCUGUUCACAUGUAUAUACUUAAUCCAAAAGCAAUUACUAUCGGUGAAUUAUAUGGAGAAGUAAAUCCAUUAACCAAUGAGUGGCAUGAUGGUUUAUUGGCUGUUAUAAUACGUCUCGCAUGUUCUUUUCAGACAGAGGAUCAUCAGUGGGUUGUUUGUGACGGUCCUGUCGAUGCUGUCUGGAUUGAAAAUAUGAACACAGUCCUGGACGAUAAUAAAAUGUUAUGUCUUGCGAAUUCCGAAAGAAUUAAAUUUACGCCUUAUGUUCACAUGGUUUUUGAAGUUAUGGAUCUUGCUCAAGCUUCACCAGCAACGGUUAGUCGAUGUGGAAUGGUGUAUCUUGAUCCUACCGAAUUAAAAUGGCUACCUCUUGUAAAGACAUGGGUUCAAAAGCUUCCCGAAGAUAUAAUUAUUCCAGAAUAUCAGCAAUUAAUUAUUGAUCUUUUUGAACAGUAUUUCGAAAAUGCAUUGAUCUUUUUCGGGAGAAGUUGUGAUCACGCUAUCGCACAGGUCGAUAUCAGUAAAGCCAACAUGGCUUGUGGUAUAAUGAAAAGUAUAAUACUCGAGCCAAAUGUUAUUGAUGCAAUUACAGAAAGAUCACGAAUAAAAACAUUUCUUAUUCAAUCCUUCAUUUAUUCACUUCUUUGGUCAAUCGGUGGCAAUAUCGUCGAUGCGUAUCGUGAAUUUUUCGAAGUUUAUGUUAAAGAACAAUUCGAUCAACAUCCAGACGCACGAUUACCGUCCGCUGAUUUAUGGAAUCUUUACAUGAACAUGCAAAGUCGAAAAUUAGAUUUAUGGAUUAAAAUAAUGCCGGUAUUUGAAUAUAACAAGGAUACGCCAUUUUUUGAUAUUAUUGUACCAACUAUUAACACGAUAAGAUUUGGUUAUAUAAUGAAAAAUCUUAUUAUGAUCAAUAUGCCAGUUCUUUUUACUGGUAGUACAGGAGUGGGUAAAUCAAUAACAACCAAAAUUGUAUUAAACGCACUUCAAGAAUCUAAUCUUUGGAUACCAAUAACUUUGAUUUUUUCUGCACAAACUAGCAGUGGGCGUACUCAAGAAAUUCUCGAACUUAAAUUAGAAAAAAGAAAAAGAGCAGUUCUAGGAGCACCUGUUGGCAAACGGGUUUGCGUUUUUGUAGAUGAUAUCAAUAUGCCUAAAUUGGAUACAUAUGGAUCUCAACCAUCAAUCGAAUUAUUACGACAAAUCUUAGACUACAGUGGAAUGUACGAUCGUGAGAAAUUAUUCUGGAAGGAUAUAGAAGACGUUGUAAUUACAGCAGCUUGUGCACCACCUGGUGGAGGUAGAAACCCUCUUACACCAAGAUUCGUAAGACACUUCGCGAUGUUAUAUAUACCAUCACCGACAGAAGAAUCUCUAAAAAACAUAUUUAGGGCGAUUAUGAGAGGCUUUCUGAAAGAUUUUGUACAGCCAAUAAUAGAUCUUGGAGAUAAAAUAGUGAAUGCAACGAUUCAAUUGUAUUUAAGGAUUUCUCUUGAUCUUUUACCUACGCCAGAAAAAAGUCAUUACCUCUUUAACUUGCGUGAUUUAUCAAAAUGCGUGCAAGGAAUGAUGCAAGCUGAUCCAUCAAUUAUCAGAGAACCUAAACAAAUGUUAAGAUUGUUUUAUCAUGAAUGUCUACGUGUUUUUCAUGACAGACUGAUAAACCUUGAAGACAAGAAUUAUUUCUAUCGACUUUUAUCAAGUAUUUGUUUUACUGCAUUUGACGACGAGGUGAUAUCAUUACCAGAUGAAAAAGUUAUUGAAAAACUUCCAAUUUUACUCUUCGGCGAUUUCAUGUCCUUUGGCGCACCAUUGGAACAACGAAUUUAUGAAGAAAUUACAGACAUAACGAAAAUAAAAUCUGUUUUGCAGGAUUAUUUAGAUGACUAUUCAUUAAGCAUUGGUCAGGAAAUGGGAAUUAUAUUUUUUAUGGAUGCCAUCGAACAUGUUUGCAGACUCGCAAGAAUUCUUCGAUCAGAAAGGGGCAACGGAUUAUUAGUUGGAGUAGGCGGAAUGGGAAAACAGAGCUUAGUAAAAUUAUCGUCGCAUUUAAAUUAUUAUCGGUGCUAUCAAAUCGAAGUUACUCGUAACUAUGAUAAAAACUUAUGGUUUGAAGAUCUUCGUAAAUUUUAUUUUAAACCAGGAACAGAAGCGGAACACACAACGUUUCUAUUUGUUGAUACUCAAAUCGUACUCGAAGAAUUCUUGGAAGAUAUUAAUAACACUCUCAAUACUGGCGAGGUUCCAAAUUUAUAUGAAACAGACGAACUAGAGAAAGUUAUUAUCGCUACAAGGCCAGCAGCUAAAGAAAUUGGUAUCAGUGAGAGUGACAGAGAUACUAUUUAUCAAUUUUUUGUCGGAAGAGUUAGAAACUAUUUGCAUCUUAUGAUUUGUAUGAGCCCUAUCGGCGAUGCAUUCAGACGCCGCUGUCGUAUGUUUCCUUCGUUGGUGAACUGUUGUACAAUCGAUUGGUUCACAAAGUGGCCAAAAGACGCUCUUCUUUCGGUAGCAGAGAAUUCUAUAGUAACAAUAAUACCGGAUAAUGAAAAAGUGUUGUCUGCACUUUGUUCAAUUUGUGUUCUGAUGCACGAGACAGUAGAAGAAGCAACAAUUCGAUAUUUUUUGGAAAUGCGUCGAAGAUAUUACACAACGCCAAGUAGUUAUUUGGAAUUAUUGAAACUUUAUCAAAAGACAUUGCAUAAAAAAAAAGAAGAGAUUUUAACACUAAAGAAAAAGAUCCUGAACGGUUUAAACAAAUUACAUGAGACUAAUGAUAUGAUAACCGUAAUGAACGAACAAUUAAUCAACCUUGCACCAAAACUUAAGAUCAGUACAGAGGAAGUGACACAAUUAGUGAAGAUGAUCGCAAAGCAACAAAUUGAAUGCGACAAAGUUAAAUAUGUUGUAGUCGCAGAAGAAGCUACUGCGAAGAUCAAAGCUGAUGAAACUGCAGUUUUAGAGGCUGAUGCAAGACAUGACCUCGAAGCGGUGAUACCAGCAUUGGAGGAAGCUGAGCAAGCACUAAAAGCUCUUAAUAAGAAUGAUAUUAAUGAGAUCAAAGUUUUCAAUCAACCUCCACGUCUGGUUCGCUUUGUCAUGGAAGCUGUAAAUUUACUAUUGAAAGAAAAGACUGAUUGGGCCACUGCUAAAUUAGUUUUAGGAGAUAUUCACUUUCUGGAUCGAUUAAUUGCCUAUCCUAAAGAUGAUAUAAGCGACACACUUUUACAAAAAUUACAGCAAUAUAUAAAGCAUCCUGAUUUUAAACCAGAACUUGUUGCGAAGCAGAGUAAAGUAUGUAAGUCAAUGUGUGUCUGGGUAAGAGCAAUGGACAGCUAUGCCAAAAUUUAUAGAGUAGUGGAACCAAAACGACACAAAUUGAAGCAAGCACAAAAUGAACUAUCAGAGAUAGAAAAUUUAUUAGCUUUGAAACAGCAAGAAUUGGCUGAGGUUGAGAAGAAAAUAAAAUCAUUGCAAAAACAAUACGACGCUGCGGUAGAUAAUUUGAAUCAAUUAGAAAAUGAAAUGGUACUUACUGAAGCUAGAUUAAGUAGAUCGGGUCGAUUAACAUCAGCUCUUAGCGACGAAAAACAACGAUGGCAGAGUAUGACCGAGGAAUUUGAUAAGCAAAUAGAAAAUUUAACUGGCGAUAUUUUGAUCGCUUCCGGUGCACUGGCUUAUUUGGGUGCCUUUACGAAUAUAUACAGAGAAGAAUUAAUGGAAAUGUGGAUAUCAAGAUGCAAAGAUUUAUAUAUUAAAAUAACGCCUAAUUAUAAUUUGAUUAGCAUACUUGCCGAUCCUUAUGAGAUACGUUUAUGGAAUAUGUACGGUUUACCAAGAGAUCAAACAAGUACAGAAAAUGCUGCUAUAGUUAUGCAAUCUAGUCGGUGGCCUCUUAUGAUUGAUCCGCAAGAACAGGCUAAUAGAUGGAUACGAAAUAUGGAAAAGAAAAAUGAUAUAAAAAUAUGCAAAUUGACAGAUCAUAAUCUCAUGAGAAUUUUAGAAGCAUGUAUAAGAAUUGGGACACCUGUUUUAUUGGAAGAAGUCGCCGAAACAUUAGAUCCAAGCUUAGAACCCAUUUUACUUAAAAAAUUAUUUGUACAGGGAGGGAGAACACUAAUACGAUUGGGAGACAAUGAUAUUGAAUAUGACGAGAAUUUUAAAUUAUAUAUAACAACGAAACUUGCUAAUCCUCAUUAUUUGCCAGAAAUUUGUAUAAAAGUGACGAUCAUUAAUUUUACGGUUACUUCGUACGGUCUUCAAGAACAACUACUGGCUGAUGUUGUACGACUAGAAAGACCCGAUCUUGAAGAAGUUAGAAAUGAAUUGAUUGCUAAAAUAAAUGCUGAUAAGGGACAAUUGCAUAACAUCGAGGAUAGAAUUCUAUCGUUACUUUAUGGUGCAGGAGAUAAUAUUUUAGAUAAUGAGGAACUUAUAGAAACAUUGAACGAAAGCAAAGAAACCGCGGCAAUUAUUGCUACACGAUUAAUCGAAUCUGAAGCAACGGAAAAAAAGAUAUCAAUUGAACGCAAUAGAUAUCAAGGUGUAGCCAAUCGUGGUUCUGUUUUGUAUUUUGUAGUUGCCGAUUUAACUGAUAUUGAUCCUAUGUAUCAAUUUUCAUUAAAAUACUUCAAUCAGAUAUUUAACAUAGUGAUAGAAACCAGCGAAAAAACCACAAUACUCGCAGAACGUCUUAGAAUACUGAAUAAUGAAAUCACAAUUGCAAUUUAUAUUAAUGUUGCUCGUGGUCUUUUUGAGAAACACAAAUUAAUAUUUAGCAUGAUGAUGAACAUAGCGAUACAUUUAGACGCAAAAAUUGUACAUCUUACGGAAUGGAACUUUCUUUUGCGCGGUGGAACUCAGAUUAAAGUUGAUAAAAAACCGGAUUAUCCAACAUUGACGGAUCUUAUGUGGAAUAAUAUUAAUUAUCUUGCAAGUACUUGGAAAAAAUUUGAAAAUAUUUUAGAAGAUGCACUGAAAAAAAUCAACUUGAAACUCGGCUAUUUAGAAGAAGAAAUCAAUGUGAAUCCCAAAAAUGUAAUUAAAGCAAAACAUGAUUGGAAUAAUAUAUUAAAUGAUAUUGAGAAAUUGAUGUUAUUAAAAUGCUUAAAAGAAGAAUGUCUUAUCUUUGGAUUUACGGCUUACGUAUCGAAACAUCUUGGUCCAAAAUUCAUUGAAUCACCAACAGCUAGUCUUCAUUCACUUUUUCCAGACACAUCUAAUAAAACACCACUAAUAUUUAUACUCACUACUGGAUCCGAUCCCUUCAGUGGUUUCCAAAGAUUCGCUAUAGAAACAGAAUACUUCCAUAGAUUCGAUUCUAUAUCUUUGGGACAAGGUCAAGGUCCUAUCGCUGAAAAAUUAAUAAAAAACGGUACGACUGAAGGCAGAUGGAUAUUUUUACAAAAUUGUCACUUGGCUGUUUCAUGGUUGAUCAAUUUGGAAAAAAUAGUAGCGGAUAUAUCUGAAACACCUGACGAUCAAUUGCAUACAGAUUUUCGAUUAUUUUUAAGCUCAAUGCCGAGUAGUGACUUUCCAGUUUCGAUUCUUCAAAAUGCAGUAAAAGUUACCAAUGAACCACCAAAAGGAUUGAAGGCCAAUCUCAAAAGAGCUCUUUUAGAUUUAGAAGAGGAAUUUUUCGAAGAUAAUGUUCUGGAUGAAAGUUGGCGUAAAAUGAUAUUUGGUAUAUGUUUCUUCCAUGGAAUUAUUCAAGAAAGAAAAAAAUUCGGUCCCUUAGGCUGGAAUAUACUUUAUGAAUUUAAUGAUAGCGAUCGAGAAUGUUGUUUAUUGAACUUGCAAAUUUUUUGUGAAAGUGGUACAAUACCAUGGAAUGCAUUAAUAUAUAUCACAGCUGAGAUUACAUAUGGAGGAAGAGUAACAGAUUUUUGGGAUCUUCGUCUUCUGAAAACAAUUUUAGAAAUAUUUUUCUCUCCUAAAACUUUAGAUACUGAUUAUACUUAUUCAGCAUCUGGUAUAUAUUACUGCCCCAAAUAUACGAAACUUCAGGAAUUUAAAGAUUUUGUUGAUAUUUUUCCUAUUGUUGAAGAUUCAGAAAUUUUUGGAAUGCAUGAAAAUGCAAAUAUAGCUUACCAACUAAAAGAGACUCAAUUUAUUAUAAAUACUAUAUUGGAAGCACAACCUAAAGAAAGUAUUGCAUCAAAUGGUAAAUCUAUUGCAGAAAUAGCAUAUGAAAUAGCAGAUAUGGUCAUGGAUAGAAUUCAUUUAAACAUAGAUUCUCAAAUGUGUCAUUCCUCUCACUUCAAAGUAGAUGAAAAGGGUAGAAUACCAUCUUUCACUACAGUUCUUUUACACGAAGUAGACAGAUAUAAUAAACUUUUAGCAAAAAUACAUGCCUCGAUGGAAAAUCUACAACGAGCUAUUAAAGGAUUUGUUGUUAUGUCAGAGGAACUUGAAACUGUCUUCACAGCUUUGAUCAAUAAUCAGGUACCACAAAUGUGGCACAAUGUUAAUGUAUACCCAUCUUUAAAAACUCUUGGAAGUUGGAUAAGAAACUUGGAACUUCGUAUUGAUUUCAUAGAGAUAUGGUUAUUACAUACUGCACCAUUGUCUUUUUGGAUAUCUGGACUAUCUUUUCCACAGGGUUUCAUAACUGGUAUAUUACAAACUUAUGCAAGGAAAUAUAAUACCCCAAUCGAUCAAUUAAAAUUGGAUUUCGAUGUCACUAAUGUUGUUCUAGAUCAAGAAGAUAUAGAAACUGAACAUAAGACAGCGAACAAAGAAGUACCAAAAGCAUAUAAAAACUUACGAACUCCAGAAGAUGGAGUUUUUAUACAUGGUUUAUUUAUUGAUGCUGGUAGAUGGGAUUUUCAAUUCAAUAUUUUAGUUGAUGCAAAUAUAGGUGAAAUGCAUCCUUGGCUUCCAGUUAUACAUGUGAAUCCAGUUUUACAAUUACCAGAACAAGAUUCAAGAUAUGUUUGUCCAUUAUAUAAAACUAGUCUACGUGCAGGAGUUUUAUCUACGACAGGACAUAGUACUAACUUUGUUUUACCUCUAUUACUCCCAUCAGCUCAACAACAAUCAUAUUGGAUAUUGAAAGGAACAGCUCUACUAAUUGAAAUACCAAAUUAA